UCAAAAAUGGUUCCUGUUGCUGUUAAAUGUAGUGUUUAUGAUACAUUUUUGCUAAAAAUUUUGUCAUUAUUUCAAAAAUACGUAAUUAGAACAAAGUAAUUUAAUGUAAUUUUAAUUUUCUGUUCCUGCAGUGGUGGAAAAAUUAAAAAUACAAGUCGUUUAAUGUGUAUUUUAUAACAGCAGUUUGUAUAACCUCAAUGACAAUCGUCAAACUACAGUUUCAAAAACUGUUUCAUUUUACAUAAAAUUUAAUUUUAACGAUAUGACGGAUUUUCAAAAGGAGUUCCUUAAUGCACUUAUUAAGAAAGAAGAACCAGAAAAUGCAGACGACGAACCAGAAUUGUAUGGAUUUCCAAAUGAAAAUAAAACACCUGAUGAGGUUAUACUUUUAAAAGUCGAAAAUAGCGAAGACUUUGCAAAAGAUGAUGUUGUGUUCAUAAAAGUUGAGGAUGACAACGAAAAAGAAGCCAAAAAUGAAUACAGUUUGGCCAUUUUAUUCAAAUGUGAAGUAUGUAACAGAUGCUUUACUGAUAAGCAUGAAUGUGAAAUGCAUGUUAAUAAUCAUGAUGAUGAUAAGGAAUCGCUACUUUGUACAGAUUGUGGAAUGCUAUUUAUCCGCCAGAAAGAUUUGAAUAAGCAUAUGCUAGACAAUCAUCCUGACAAAUUUGAAGAACCUGAAAAAGAAUCCAUAAGGAAAGAAGAAACAAUUUUAGAAUGUGGUAUCUGUGCAAAAUAUUUUUAUUCAGAGGACGAUUUAAUAGCCCAUUUUAAUUCCCACGUUACUAAAGAGUGUAAUGUGUGCUCUCAAAAAUUCAUAACUGAUAAAGAAAUGAAAAAGCACCUUUGUAGUUGUAAAUGUAAACUGUGUGACAAGGUUUUCAUAAACGAACGGUCAUUUAAAUCCCAUUUAAGGAAUCAUGCCACAAAUCCUCAUCUAUGCACUCUCUGUGGCAAGAGCAUUAAGACUAGUACAGAUUUUAAAAGACACAUGAAUAUCCAUGAAGGAAAUAAACCAUUUAAAUGUAGUUACUGCAAUUAUAGAUGCUCGAAGAAGUCAAAUUUGGUUACCCACACUAGGUUACACACUGGAGAGACUCCGUACCAGUGUGAGAAAUGCGGGGAACGUUUUACAUACAAGACAGCUUUCAAUAAUCAUGUUUUGACUCAUAACAGUGAAAAGAUGUUUUAUUGUGCUUAUUGCAACAAGAAAUUUGUUGCAUAUUCUAUUCUGAUUGCUCACGAACGUUCUCAUACUGGAGAGAGGCCCUACAGUUGUGGCACGUGCCGUAGAAGUUUUUCUGCGAGGUCGACGCUCAAGAAACACAUGAAAUUACAUUCGAAAGAUUACUGCUUCAUUUGUCACGUUUGUGGACGAGCUUUUAAGUCCAAGGCGUCGCUAGACUCCCAUUUGCAACUGCAUGCUGGUAAAAAUCAGUUUAUUGAGGUAAUGAUUAAUUCCACAAAAAUGUUCAAAUGUAUACAUUGCGACAAGUUAUCGAGAACUAGUAACAACGCUUUGAGACACCUUAAAAUACAUACUGGGGAGAAGCCCUUCGUUUGUGUCAUUUGUGGGAAAAGUUUUAGCGAAAAGGCGUCCCUUAAAGGUCACCUUCGGAUCCAUACAGACGAAAGACCGUAUACAUGCGAGUUUUGUAACAGUUCUUUUAGGGACAGGUCAGUGUUACGACGUCACAUUAGAAGGAGACAUUCUGUGGCUAACGAAGUCGAAAUAGAGCUAGAAUUCACAAUCGCCGAAGAAGAACGUGCUGAUAGUCCGAAAGAAACCACCAUUUUUCUUGACGAUGGUUAUGAAAUGGAGACCGGUGAUUCGUAGCGUUUUGUACAAUGUAGAACUUAAAUUAGGCUCUCAAAGCCGGUGUUAUCUAAUGAAGAAUAGAUGUUUUCUGGGUUAGGGGCCCGUGGUCGAUGACAGACAUAGGGGACAUCUUCAGUGGGCACACCAGCCCGGAAAAGAUCGGUUCUUCAUUUUUGACAUUGUUAAUUUUGUGUUAAAUGCUUCUUAAUAAGGUCACUGUACCUAAUCAUGUUCCCACUGAUGAAUGAAUAAAUAUAUGUAUUAUUAUUAAGGAAUCAAAUAAAAUAAUUUGAAACUUUCA